CAGGAGAGAGAGAGAGAGAGAGAGAGAGCGAGCGAGGCAGAGGCAGAGGCAGAAAGCAGAGCGGAGAUGGCAAAGCCCGCGGAGAGGACGUUUUACCGCUUCCUGGUGCUCUUCUUCAACUGUUUGCUCACCUUUGGCUCCUACUUCUGCUUCGAUAUCCCAAGUGUCCUCCAGGAGCAGUUCCAAGGGAACCUGACCUGCCCUAAUUCAACAGUGACCAAUGGGACAGUGGAGUGCGUGGAGGGUCUGGGGAUGAGCCCAGAGAAGUACAAUUUGCUUUAUGCCACCUAUGCUUGGACCAGUGCUUUGGCAGUGAUCAUGGCAGGAUUCCUCAUCGACAAGCUAGGCAACUGCUGUGGAGUGUUCCUCUUCUCCUUCCUUACCGUCCUUGGGUCAGCCAUGUUUGCCCUGGGCUCUCACUUCAAGGGGACUGCCUACCUGCUGCCGCUGAUGCUGACUGGCCGCCUGCUGUUUGGCUCAGGAAACGGAUCCCUUACCAUCGUGCAGAAUCGGAUUACGGCCUUCUGGUUCAAAGGGAACGAGCUGGCACUGGCGUUUGGCUUGACUCUUGCAUUUUCUCGCCUGGGCAGCGUUCUCAAUUUCCUCCUUACUCAGCACUUUGAAGCUCACUUUGGCAUCCAGUGGACACUUUGGGGUGGAACUUUCUUGUGCAUCAUGGGGUUUCUGGCCGCCAUCACGGUCAGCAGUCUAGACAAGGUGGGAAUGCAGCAGCUUGAACUGGACGGUGUCAUACAAGAGGAGUCAAGGAAAGUGAGGGUUCAGGAUCUGCGCCGCUUCCCUGCCCGCUAUUGGCUCCUCGUCCUCUCCAUCAUGUUCUUCUACAAUGGAGUCCUCCCCUUCGUUGCAGAUGCCAGCAAGUUCAUCCAGGACAAGUACGCAGGCUACAGCCAGAAGGAAGCGGCCUACACUGUGGGCGCCGUGUAUGACAGCUCCCUGGUGCUCUCGGCCACCGUCGGGAUUUUGAUUGACAAUGUGGGGUUGCGUGGGAUCUUUGCUCUUGGCUGUGCUGUCCUGACCCUACCAGUGUUUGGGCUCCUGGCCUUCACUUUUGUUCCACCACUGGUCUCCACCAUUUGGCUUGGGGUCACCUACUCGUUUGCUGCGGCGAGCAUGUGGCCGUCCAUCCCACUGGUUGUUCCCCAAGCAACUCUGGGGACAGCGAUGGGCCUCGCAACCUCGGUGCAGAUGAUUGGCAUUGGAAUAUCCAACCUAAUUGUCGGGCAGAUCCUGGGGACUUCCUCCAGUGAUGUGAAGAUUCCCCUGUGGCGGUGGCAGCGCAUGAUGAUCUUCAUGUUUGCCAACAUUGUCGCUUGCAUUGUGAGCUGCGGUGCCCUUAACAUUGUGGACAAGCGGCAGGAUGGGAUCCUCAAUAAGACCACAAAGAGGUCCCAAGAGGCCCAGUGUGAUCCUUCAGAGACGCCUCCUCUGCUGCAGGAAGACGAUGACGACCAGGGAGCCAUUAAUUAACAGCUAGUUAAACAGCGACUGUCUCCAAAAAUUGGGCAAUGUGGGAAUGACACCCUCAACAUUGGGGAGAUUAUGGCAAGCAGGAGCAUCGUUGAUGGCAUCUUCACAUUUAAGAACGAUCUCCUGGAGCCACUUUUCAAGCCACUACAGAUUGGACACACGUGUGACCAGUAAACCUGGCUACCUUUUCCUCAAGCCCUUCACUGUCAGAGGGCUUCAUUCUUCUCAAAACUUCCUCAUCUUAUUUCUGAAUAAAAGCAGGAGGGAGAGCCCCCGUUGAAAAGCAGGGGGCACACUUCCAAUGGAACGUUAGCUGUGCCACCUGGCAGCUUUUGUACUUUAUUUUUAGACUUUGUUCACCACUCUUACUCCCCUUUCCCUUCCUUUUUAUAAACUUUUGCACAUUUUAGUUCAGCAUUAUUAGAACUUUUUAGAAAUAAAGAAUCUGACAUUUA